UCAAACAAGGGGUGGUCAAACUAAGACAAAGGGAUACAAAAUGGCAGUUCAGUGACACAGUGGUUGUUGUUAACAUGUAAGAAUUGUCAAGAAAUAUAUAACGUAGAGGGGGUAAAAAAGAAAUCGCAAUCAAAAUAGAGAACAAUGGAGUUUUGUAUUAAAAUCCUUCUGCUUCUUACUAUAAGCUGUUCAGCUAAAGUUGAGAAGAUUUUUCGGGGCGAAGAAUCACACAGUCAAGCUGCACAUGCCCCUGGGAGAUUUGUUCCACAGUACAGGCCUGAACCAGCCAGCUUUCAACCAAGGCCUGUGCAAUGGCCCGCCAGGGUCCAGACACCGAUGCAAGUUCAAAAACCUUUCCUCCAGUCAAAGCAGACCUUCAAUGAGCCUUUGACCUGGAGAUAUCCUGAAGAUCCAGUCAAAGAGGUGCAGUUGGCUAUUGAUGAGCAGAGACCGCUGCCUGUGCCUGCCAGUAGCGUUGCAGUUCAAUGUGGGGAGACUGCUGCUCGUGUGGAAGUSAAGAGAGAUCUGCUCGGUAUCGGCCAACUCAUUCACCCAGCGGAUCUUACUUUGGGAGGCUGUGCUGUCACUGGGGAGGAUACUUCCGCUCAAGUUCUGAUCUUUGUCACUGAGCUGCACGAAUGUGGCAGCACUCUGACGAUGACUGAAGAUUCACUUGUCUAUGUCUUCACACUCCGUUAUACACCAGCCACCCUGGGCAGCAGCCCCAUUGUUCGAACUAGAGAAGUGGUGGUCUGGGUUGAGUGCCACUAUCAAAGAAAGCAUGAUGUGAGCAGCGGUUCAGUGAAGCCCACCUGGAAUCCCUAUGCCUCCACUAAGGUUGCAGAKGAGCUCCUCUACUUCUCCCUGAGGCUAAUGACUGACAACUGGCAGUUGGAGAGACCCAGCAAAGAGUACGUCCUUGGAGAUAAUAUUAACUUUGAAGCUUCUGUCGUCCAGUUCUACCAUGUGCCCCUCCGAGUCUUUGUGGACAACUGUGUAGCCACAGUCAUCCCAAACACCAACACUGUCCCAAGAUAUGCCUUCAUCGAGAACCGUGGUUGUCUGGUCGACACCAAGCUGACAGGCUCCAGGUCCCAGUUCAUACCUCGCACCAUGGAUGACACACUCCAGUUCCAGAUAGAAGCCUUUAGGUUUCAUGUUGUGAACACUGGCUCACUAUACAUUACCUGCCUCCUGAAAGCCACAACUGCUUCAGCCCCUAUUGAUCAUGAGAACAAGGCUUGUUCCUUCUCGAAUGGAUGGAGCGAGGCCAGUAGGAAAGACCAGGCGUGUGGCUGCUGUGACACAGACUGUGGCUUGAGAAGGGAACCGGAUCCAGGUUUCCGGUGGGAGCAAGAAGCGUCGCUUGGUCCUCUCAACGUCAAAGAAAAGCUUCUUGACUGAUGGCCUAUUUAAUCAUUUGGAUUGACUUUCCUGCUGAAAAAAAUACAUUAUGGAUGAUUAAAAAAUAUGGAUUUGAA